AUGGAGAAAGCCAUUUUCAGGCAAAAGGUUCUUCGGGAACACCUUCAACCAACUUCCACUUGUUUCUCUCAGACCCUCCAAUCUUCUUCAAUCUCUCCUUCAGCUUGUGCAGCUGGGGAUAGCGCUGCUUAUCACAGAACAGCUGCCUUUGGAGAUGAUGUAGUCAUUGUGGCGGCUUAUCGGACUGCUAUUUGCAAAUCAAAACGCGGGGGCUUCAAGGAUACUCAGCCGGAUGAUUUACUUGCUCCGGUUCUGAAGGCAUUGAUUGAUAAAACAAAUAUUAACCCAAGUGAAGUGGGAGAUAUAGUAGUGGGUACAGUGUUAGCUCCAGGUUCACAGAGAGGUAUUGUAUGCAGGAUGGCGGCAUUCUAUGCUGGUUUUCCUGAAACUGUGCCCCUCAGAACUGUCAACAGGCAAUGUUCUUCAGGCCUUCAGGCCGUUGCGGAUGUAGCUGCUGGCAUUAAAGUUGGUUUCUAUGAUAUAGGAAUUGCAGCUGGAUUAGAGUCAAUGUCAUUUGAUUACGGCCUUGCGCCAGUACAGCAGCCUAAUCCUAGAGCUGAAUCUUUCCCACAAGCUCGUGACUGUCUUCUGCCUAUGGGGAUGACUUCUGAAAAUGUUGCAGAACGAUAUGGGGUGACACGGCAAGAACAGGACCAGGCUGCUGUUUUGUCCCACAAGAAUGCUGCUGCAGCAUCUGCAUCUGGGAAAUUUAAAGAUGAAAUUGUUCCAGUGCUUACUAAGAUCACUGAUCCAAAGACCGGAGAGACAAAGGAGAUAACUGUGUCAGUUGAUGAUGGAAUUCGACCAAGCACAAAUUUGGCAGAUCUGGCAAAGCUAAAACCUGCAUUCAAGAAAAAUGGAACUACAACUGCUGGGACUUCUAGUCAGAUAAGUGAUGGUGCUGGAGCAGUUCUUCUCAUGAAGAGGAGCCUAGCAUUGCAAAAGGGACUUCCAAUUCUUGGUACUUUCAGGAGUUUUUCUGUUGUUGGUGUGGAUCCAGCUGUGAUGGGAAUUGGUCCAGCAGUUGCAAUCCCUGCUGCAGUCAAGGCUGCUGGUCUUGAAGUUAAUGAUAUUGAUUUGUUUGAAAUAAAUGAGGCAUUUGCAUCACAAUAUGUAUAUUCCUGCAAGAAACUUGGGCUCGACCCUGAAAAAGUCAAUGUUAAUGGAGGAGCAAUGGCUCUUGGACAUCCUCUGGGAGCAACAGGUGCUCGUUGUGUUGCCACAUUACUGCAUGAAAUGAAGCGCCGGGGCAAGGACUGUCGUUUUGGUGUGGUUUCUAUGUGCAUAGGCUCUGGGAUGGGAGCUGCUGGUGUCUUUGAAAGAGGGGAUUCUGCAGAUGAUCUCUGCAAUGCUCGCCCUUGCAACAAUGUUUUCCUGUCCAAGGAUGUCAAGUGA